GUUACAGUAGAUUCUGGAACGCGCUGAAUAUACUCCUUGAAAAAUAUGUACCGUAAGUAGAACACAGGACAGUUAUUCCAAUGACGUUACUUGUUCUGCUACCGUACUAGUUAUGCAGAAAUGAAUGGUGCUAGUAAAAUUCUGUGAAAUGUCGUUCAAUUGAGCAAACUAGUAGUAAGUACGCUACUAUUAAGAAAACAUUCUUAAUUAAUUCGAUAUAAUAUCAACAAUAUACUUUAUAAACAUUUGUAAUCAGUGGAAAUAAUUUAAUAUGCUGUUGGUAUUAGAAAAUAUUUCAUCUGUGAAGAGUAAACACGUGUUUUAGGAGCUGUCAUUCGUUUGAAAGAAAAUGUCAGAGAACCUAACAUUAUGCAGCGGACCUAUUUACUUCUUUGACCAGCCCGUUGGUAGGAAAUGCAAUAAACGUACGAGGAAGGUGGUGGAAGAGCUGCCUGCUGAUUUAAGAUACUUGAACAUCAAUCCACGUCUGGCAGCUUUCAUUCGAAGCAGGAGCAAAAAGUCUGCCUCUGAAGAUAAUUCUGCGGAUGGUGAUGGGGACAGUAAACUUACUGAAGACGUGAAAAAGAAAGAAAAACAUUCAGUUCUGCCAGACAUAAAUAAUGACCCGUCCCACUCUUUGUCCAAGAAUAGCCCUGCAGAAGACCCUACCCUUCAACCAGUGUCCAGCUCACUUGAAGAUCACGCGCAGACAAGCCAGAUUGACGAGUACAAGUAUGCAGCACCGAAUUUGCUGGAAGAACUGGAGGAAAUGUUACUGGCGUACGAAGGGUGUGAAGAAGUCAGUUUCCCACGAGGUCUUUUAAAUAUUUUGAACUGUAGCUGGAAGGAGCUCGUCGAAGGAGCAGUGUACAGCAAAACACAACAGCAGUCCCUCGCGUGCAAAAGUGUGAAACACCUGAAGCCCAGAAGUUCCGAGCGUUCCGACAAAUUAUCAGAAGACGUUGCCUACAAACAAUUGCACGGAAAAAGUAACCCAAAAAAGAAAGUCACUCGGGCCGAAAAUGGUAUAGAAAGGGGCCUGGGUGUACACAUUAAACAAGAAACAAAGGGACAAAAACGUGAUAAGCAGACCAGGAAAGGAAACAGUCUGGCAGAGAAAGACAGAGCCACACAACCCUUGAACGAAACAGCUCAGGUGUCCCAUUUGCCACUUACAAUAACCUUUUCUAUAUCGUCAAAGAUAUGUGAAGAGCAAGGCUGGAUUGUUCAGCAGGAAGAAUCUAAACCCCAGGACCCUGAAUGGAAAGCACUUUGUGCCUGGGCUGUGGAGAGACUGCGACUCGCUCAGGUGUCCAUAAAUGAACAAACAAGUAAUCUGAAGGAAGCAGGGUUCAGCAAACCGCUCAUUCUGCGUCACUAUGGGGAUUCCAGAAACAAAGCCAUUGCCAAGUACAAGAAGCAGGGCAGUAAGAACUGUUCCUUCUCACUGGUCAAUGGGAGACCUGUGAUUCCAGAACUAAAGCAGGAAGACCCGUCCUUACGGAAACUGCACUACACAAUCAUUGACGGCUCUUCAUUUAUUUACUACCCUUCAGGUCGCAUUGCUGUCUGCCAGAGCUACUCAGGCCUGCCCUGUGGUGGAUUUUACACUAAUGUGUUCAGUGACUCACCAGAUCUUUACACACUUGCUACGUUCACACCCUUUGGACACGCAAGUGUUUGCCAUCCAGGCAGCAACACAGUGGCACUAUUGCUUGAUCAAGACGGGGGCAUACUGACUGAUGAGGAAGGCACAGUCACGAAAGAAUGGAAUUGGGCACAGGGAGUGAAACUGAAUGAGACAGUUCUGAUACAGGUGAAUGACUUUAUUAGUGUUCGAGUUGUGAGCCCGAACUCAAUCAGUCUAUCCUAUAGAUGGCAGCAGGAGAGUGUGCAACUGUCCCUCUCUCCACUUACAAACGUAAUCCCUCCAGGGCCUGACGAGCUGGGUUUUAUAUUGACUGGGGAAAAGCUUUCAUCAAAAGCAUCUAAGGAACUUUCAAAAGCAAACAGAAAGAAAAUGACAGAAAUAGAAGCACGAAAGAAAUUCAUGGCAAAAAAAUCUGAAGCCACAAAAUCUUCAAAUGGAUUUUCCAAGCUUGUGAAGAUGUUAGAAAUCCAAGAAGAAGGACCAAGUCAUGUGCGGGGAGUGAAGGCAGCACAGGAACUGAGGAAGCUUCAACGGAAGAUCAAGAAUAUAUUGGAUGACUGGAUGGAACACUAUCGUAUAGCUACAGGCAAGCCAGAGCAGGUUGUUUUGCUUUAUUCAGUGUAAGGUACCGUAAGAUUACAUACUUAAUUUAGUACACGAGCUGCCAUUUAAGAAAUAAUGAAUUAGUGCACUUAUAUGCAUGUUGGUGUAUAUUUUUUUUAAUUUAAUUUAGUAGUCACCUAUUAUUUUUUUAUUAUUUUUUCCCAAUUUAGAGUAUCCAAUUAUUAUUUAAGCUUGGCUCACCACCACCACCCCUGCAGUGACUCAGGAGCGGCGAAGACAAACAAAACGCUUCUUUUCAGUCUGCAGACUCACCCUGCAGCCACCUCAGAGCUACAGCGUCGUAGGACAACGCAGCUCUGGGCAAUUUACAGGCAAGCCCACAGACG